CCCAACGAGGUUGUGAGUGGCAUGGCUGCCCCCAGUUCUGCGAUCUCAGGUUGUAGAGCUAAUGCUUCGAGGUAGUGUUGACUACUGGUACUCAGAUUAGCCGCCAGGUUUUUCAGGUCCGCGGUUGUAGUCUCCUGUGGUGCCGAAGAGCCCGGGCUUUGAGGAUCAUGGGUCCUUCUUUGGAUUCAUGGGACUUCUCACCUUUAAUAUCAUUAUGGAUAAACAGAUUUUACAUAUAUUUGGGCUUUGCCUUUGCUAUUAGCCUUUGGAUUUGUUUCCAGAUUGCCAUCAGGAAGCAGUUGUUUAUCUUCAAGGACAAGAACUCACAGAAGAAAUCAGUUCCCAAAGCAACUCAGGAUUUGAUGACAAAUGGUUAUAUCUCUCAUCAAAAGAAGGAAGUUUUUGUGUCUGGAGUAAAGAUUUUCUAUGGUUCCCAGACUGGUACAGCCAAGAAAUUUGCAGCAGUUCUUGCCGAAGCUGUUACUUCCCUAGAUCUGCCUGUGGCAGUUAUUAAUCUGAAAGACUAUGAUCCAGAUGAUAAUCUAGUAGAAGAGGUUACUAGUAAAAGUGUUUGUGCCUUCCUGGUUGCUACAUACACUGAUGGUCGACCGACUGAGAGCGCAGAGUGGUUCUGCAAAUGGUUAGAGGAAGCAUCCAGUGAUUUUCGGUUUGGCAAAACUUACCUGAAGGGUAUGAAAUAUGCGGUGUUUGGCCUUGGAAAUUCUGUCUAUGUGGGCCACUUCAACAAGGUUGGCAAGAAUGUUGAUAAGUGGCUGUGGACGCUCGGUGGUCAUCGUGUGAUGACUCGAGGGGAAGGUGACUGCAAUGUCGUUAACAGCAAACAUGGCAGCAUUGAAGCCGACUUCAGAGCUUGGAAGACCAAGUUUGUCUUUCAGCUUCAGGUGCUUCUUAAAGGAGAGAAGAAAUCCUGUGAUGGCAAUUGCAAGAAAGGCAAAUGUGAAUCUCAUCAGCAUGGCUCAGAGGAGGUGGAGCCAGGGUCUCAUACUCAGGACGGAUUGCGUCAGAGAGACACUGAGGAGGAGGAGCCCUGUGAGAGUUCCAGUGGGGAGGAGUCUGGUACCGAGGACCACCAGAGUCUGACGUCUGUUGUUGAUGUGGAGGACCUUGGCAAAAUUAUGACUCAUGUGAAGAAAGAAAAGAGAGAAAAGGAGCAGCAGGAAGAGAAAACUGGUUUGUUCAGGAACACGGUGAAGAAGGAAGCCGGUGAAAGAAGAGCUAUGAUAACUCCUGCUCUCCGAGAAGCCCUUACUAAACAAGGUUAUCAGUUGAUUGGGAGCCAUUCUGGGGUGAAGCUUUGCAGGUGGACAAAGUCAAUGCUCCGAGGGAGAGGAGGUUGCUAUAAACAUACAUUCUAUGGCAUCGAAAGCCAUCGUUGCAUGGAAACCACCCCGAGCUUAGCAUGUGCAAAUAAAUGUGUCUUCUGUUGGCGACACCACACCAACCCAGUGGGCACUGAGUGGCGGUGGAAGAUGGACCAGCCUGAACUGAUCUUAAAGGAAGCCAUUGAAAACCAUCAGAACAUGAUCAAGCAGUUUAAAGGAGUGCCAGGUGUCAAAGAAGAGCGCUUUAAAGAAGGAAUGACAGUAAAGCACUGUGCAUUGUCCCUUGUGGGAGAACCCAUCAUGUACCCAGAAAUUAACAGGUUUUUGAAGCUACUCCACGAGUGCAAAAUCUCCAGUUUCCUGGUUACAAACGCACAAUUCCCUAUGGAAAUCAGGAAUCUCACACCAGUCACCCAGCUAUAUGUCAGUGUGGAUGCUAGCACCAGAGACAGCCUGAAGAAAAUUGACCGCCCACUCUUCAAGGAUUUCUGGCCAAGAUUUCUCGACAGUUUAAAAGCCUUGGCAGCAAAGCAACAGCGUACUGUCUACAGGCUGACUCUCGUUAAAGCCUGGAAUGUGGAUGAGCUCCAAGCCUAUGCCGAGCUGGUGUCUCUAGGGAGUCCUGACUUCAUCGAAGUGAAGGGUGUUACCUACUGCGGAGAGAGUUCGGCAAGCAGUCUCACCAUGGCCAAUGUGCCCUGGCAUGAGGAAGUGGUACGCUUUGUCCGUGAAUUGGUGGCUCUGAUCCCUGACUAUGAAAUUGCUUGUGAGCAUGAACAUUCCAAUUGCCUCCUGAUUGCUCACAAAAAGUUUAAGAUUGAGAGAGAAUGGUGGACGUGGAUUGAUUAUAACCGCUUCCAGGAGCUUAUUCAGGAAUAUGAAGACAGUGGUGGAUCGAAAACUUUCGGCGCAGAGGAUUAUAUGGCCAAAACUCCUCCCUGGGCCUUAUUUGGUGCCAAUGAAAGAGGCUUUGAUCCCAAGGACAGAAGAUAUCAGAGAAAGAACAAAUCAAAGGAUAUUUCAGGAUGUUGAGAUUAUCUGAAUUUAGGGUAGUGAAGGACAAAAAGUAAUGGCCCCAGAGGGUUCUCAAGCUCCACUGUGACUUUUUCAAGGACAGAUUUCACAGGUUACAUUUCAUACACAGGAGACUGUGAGGCAGAACAUGGGGAUACAAGGCACACCCUGAGGGUGAGGAGACCACACCCCCACUUCGAUUUCCACAGCCUCACCAUUUCUUUCCAGAACUCAGUCCCUUCCCUGAUUUUAUUUCUGAGAAGAUUAUUAUUUGGGAAGUUGGGGAGAGCAUACAUAGUUGUUGUUAGAAUUUAACUGACAGUUUAUGAAUUAUAACUAGUAAGACUCCCUAGAAGGCUGUUUGUGAGAGGGCUACACAGAAUGUCUCCCUCUUCCCCCUGUGGGCACUGGCCUUUGUGGGUUGUGCUACCCUGAGGUAAGUGUAUCUGCUCCCUCUUAGCUCUCUACCCUCUUCUUGUAUCUCAAAGUAACUUAUGUUGUCAUGAUUCUCAGUUAUUUUUAAAUACUGCAUAGAUUGCUACAAAUUCUUACUUAAUGCCAACCCUGUAGAAAUUAAAUUUGCUUUAAAAGUGGACUAGAUCUCAUUCCAUUCCCAUACAAAUUGUUAUAGAAGGUAAUCUAUGGGCUGGAUUAGAGUAAAAGCUCUUCUCAAUAGAGAGGACUUACCUUCCGAUGUCACUGAAUAAUUAGUCUCACACACAGACUCUGAAACGACGAGUGCAGCCGGCGGCUUGUUCAGCCAGCCAGUGCGCGGGACCUGAUGAGCACCCCUGCAGCUCGUCGGCCCACCUGCUUCCGUUCCUGUGGCCUGAGGUGCUUCCCUCCGUCUGUUCUUUAAGGUUCAGGUUUUUUCUCAUUGUAAACAUCAUUCAAUACUCAAUAGUUUUUAAAAGUGUCGUAGUUAUUUUUUAAAUUCCUUUAUUCUAAAAAUUUAAUUAAUAAAAAAUCUCUUGUGGACACUUAGAA